UAUGUAUAUGUAUGUGUGUAUAUAUAUAUAUAGCAGAAACACUGCUGAGAAAAGAUGUAUGAGAAAGGAGAGAAGAGAGAUAUAAGGAAAAAUAGCAAAGAUAUUGAAAGCAAAUGAGUUAGAAAAAUACAAAUGUAGAAUAAUAUUCCGUGUGUGUAUUUACCUAUUUAUAUUUGUUUUAUUAGAUAAAAUGCAUCUAUCUCUGGAUCAGAUUUAAGAAAAUGCUCAAUUUCACUGAUGUAACAGAAUUCAUUCUUUUGGGAUUAACUAGUCGUCCUGAAUUACAGCAACUUUUCUUUGUGAUUUUCCUGCUGGUCUACUUUAUCACCCUGGUUGGGAACAUUGGCAUGAUCAUAUUAAUCAGGGUCAGUCCCCAGCUCAACAGCCCCAUGUACUUUUUCCUUGGUCACCUGUCUUUUGCAGAUGUGUGGUUCUCCUCUAACGUCACUCCUAAAAUGUUGGAAAAUUUGGUAUCUGAGACCAAAACAAUUUCCUAUCCUGGAUGUACAGUGCAGUGUUUUUUCUUCAUUGCUUUUGUCCAUGUAGAAGUCUUCAUUCUUGCUGUGAUGGCCUUUGAUAGAUACAUGGCGAUUGGAAACCCUCUACUUUAUGGCAGCAGAAUGUCAAGAACUGUCUGUAUUCGACUGAUUUCUUUCCCUUACAUAUACGGCUUCUUUAUCAGUUUGAUCUCAACACUGUGGACCCAUGGUUUGUACUUCUGUGGGAACAUCGAGAUCAACCACUUCUACUGUGCAGACCCAGCUCUCAUCAAAAUGGCCUGUGCAGGGACUUUGAUUAAAGAAUACACUAUGCGCACAUUGGCAGGUCUCAACUUUUCUUAUUCCUUAUUGGUCAUUAUUAUCUCCUACAUUUUCAUCCUCAUUGCCAUCUUAAGGAUGCGUUCAGCAGAAGGGAGAAAGAAAGCUUUCUCCACGUGUGGGUCCCACUUGACAGCUGUCACCAUAUUUUAUGGAACACUCUUCUUUAUGUACCUUAGAAGCCCAACUGAGGAGUCUGUGGAGCAGGGGAAAAUGGUGGCAGUUUUCUACACCACAGUCAUUCCUAUGUUGAACCCCAUGAUUUACAGUCUCAGGAACAAAGACGUAAAGGAGGCCAUGAGCAAAGCGAUGAGUAGAGCAUUUUUAAAUAAAUAAGAACUUAAAAUGUAUUAUGAGAUUCUAGUUCAUUAGAAGAGGUGGAAAUUAACAAAGUUUUUAGACAAUUUUGAAGAAAUGUGUUAUUUAUAUUUUCAGUAAAUACCAAAUAAUAGAUAAUUGAAAAAGGGAUAAUGGUGUCCAGAUAAGAGAAGUAUAUAAGAAACAAGAACCUCUGGCUCACAAAAUCUGAAAUGGUGAAAACGUGUUGACAAUACCAUCUACAGUUUUUCCUUUCUACACAAAGUCAUAUUCAUAUUUUAUAACCAGGGAAGCUUUUUAUGGUUCUUUAAAAUUUCGUAAGUCCAUUCUUUCAAUUAUGUUUUCAAAACAACUGCAGUGUUCUCUAUGUGUUUUUGUUUUUUUGUUUGUUUUUUGCCCCUAGAAUAAGUUUUGGCUCUAGAUUAUGUUACUAUUGCAAAAUAUUUAAGUAGAAUAUGAUUUCACCAUUAAUUAUUGUUAAAAUGGAAAACAACAUUCCUGAGAAUGGAAUAUAUUAUGUAGA